AUGUCGGUCGAUCUGGACUGGCACGCGCUCGACGCCGAGCUCACCUCCUCGGUCGUGCACUUCCUCAGCUCGGCCUUCUCCAACGCGCCCCGACCGAAUUUCAUCGGUGACAUCUCGGUCACGUCCUUUUCUUUCGGAGACACGCAACCCAGUAUCGAGGUGAUGGACGUCAGGGAUAUAGAUAAAGAGUUCUUGGAGGUCGAGGAUGAGGAGGAAGGCUUGUUGGAUAAUCCUGCGGUCGGGAAUCCGAGAACGGGGAGGGAGUUUCGAUCGUUCGAAAGGGGGAGGCAGACGAGGGACGAGCGGUCCGAAUCGGAUAGUGCACGAUCGGUGAUGGGGAAUGGCUUUGGUGUGGGGGUCUUACCGACGAUGACGUCCCAUUUGAGACCUUCGUCGGCGCUGUUCUCACCCGGACUGAACCAAACACGGUCGAUCGCUUCGCACUCGUCCCCGCCCCCGCCUCCGCAAUCGCAACGCUUUCCACACGAGGUCCGUCACGACAGACGAAACUCGAGAAGACCGUCCAUAGACUCGCAGGAAGCAGCUCUACCACCGCCUUCGACGUCGUCGUCCCCGUCGUUGCAGAUCCACCUGCGCGUCACCUACUCGGGCAACCUCUCCAUAGGCCUCGCAACCUCACUCCUGAUCAACUACCCCUCACCCAAGUUCAUGGCACUACCUCUCAAGCUAUCCAUCACUUCGUUGGCGUUCGAUGGCGUCAUGCUCGUCGCUUUUGAGGGCGAUCGACGCAGACUGCACGUCUCGUUCGUCGAUCCGACCCAGGGUCAAGGAGGUCUCGGCGUCGCCUCCCCCGGUGCGAGGCUUUUAAGCGGCGCAGUCGUCGAGAGUGAGGUCGGUCAAGCGGAUAAACAUGUACUGAAGAACGUGGGCAAGGUCGAAAAGUUCGUGGUGGACGUUGCGAGGGCGUCGUUGGAGAGCGAGUUGAUCUUUCCGUGA